GGUCACAGAGGGAACUCAGAGCUCUAGAGUGAGCAGGGUGGGAGAGGAGAGGGGCUUAGGUGAGCAAGCAAGGAGGUGGUGGGAGCAGGGGUGCUGUGAGGGACCAUGGCAGAGGUCAUCACCUAUGCAGAAUUGCAGUUUGUGAAGGCUUCUCCGAGGAAGAACAUCUCCAGCUCAGGACAGGAGUCUGACGAGGAUGGGGAGGUCACCUAUGAGAACAUGCAAGUGCCCUCUGCCCCAGAGGCACCCACAGGCCUAGCGCUGGCCCCCGGACCUGGGAACCAAGCAGAGGUCCGGGUGGAGCAGCCAGCCAUGUCCUGGAGCAGCACUGCCUCUCCAACUGCUGGACAGAUGCUUCCACGCCAUGGCCACGCCUGCUGCUCCAAGUACCUCCUGCUGGGUCUGCUCCUCACCUGCCUGCUGCUAGGAGUGGCUGCCAUCUGCCUGGGUGUGCGAUAUCAGCAGGCAUCUCAAGAAUUCGGGCAGCUGAGCAGGCUGCUGGAAACCACCAAUAACAGCUUUCAGGAGCAGCUCCAUCUCGGAGCUGUCCAGCUGGGGCAGAUGGAAAAGGACCUGUUGGACUCCAAGGAACAUCGGGCCCAGAGCCAGAGAGCACUAGAAGAAGAACAGAGGGCACACCAGGCUGUGAAGGAGCAGCUGCAAAUCAACCAAGCAGAAAAGGAGAAGACAAAAGAAACCUUGGAGAGGGAGAUGGUGCAGAAGCAGGCCAUGCAGCAGAAGCUGAGGUACCUGCAGGAUACACUGAGGUCCUUCUUCACCUGCCCCUUACAAGAUGCCUGCUGUGUGGUGGGCUGGAUACUGAUCCAGAGAAGAUGCUUUCACAUCUCACUCACUAAGAGAGAUUGGCAAGAAAGCCAGAAGUAUUGCAAGUCACUGUUGUCUGACCUGGCCAUAGUAAGAGACACUCCUUGGAGUUCUUAUUCAGAACAUUCUUCCUGGAAGAGCUUAAUGUCGGAGUUAUCCAGGGAAACCUGGGUUGGCCUCAGGUUUAACAAGGACUGGCGGUGGAGUGACGGUACAUUGUAUAAUGAUGGGCUUAGUCAUUACAGUGGCGACUGUGCCAUGUUACAGAACGGUUGGUCAUGGUCCUUGAAGUCACAGGCGUGCAGUACCCUUCUUCCCUGCAUCUGUGAGAUGGCAUCUUUCAGGUUUAUAGACAGAGCCCGCUCUUUGCAGAAUCCAGGUAAUGAUAGACCAAGGGCUGUGGCAUAGUGGAUCCAGGUCAGGGGGGUGAAGGACAGGGUCCCAGAGGUCAAAU